CGGGAACCGGCUCGCCUUCUCGUCAUCCUCACCUGCCCGCCCGCCUCGCACUGCGCACUCCUCGCUCGCGACAGCCACCGCCGUCCACUCGCUCGAUUGUCUCGAUUAUCAAGGGGCUGCAAGUGUCGCGCUCACCAUUUGGCUGCACAUCGCGUGCUGUCAACAACCACCUCUGUGGCCUCAAAGGCACACGUCUGCGUGGUGAGUCGUCGCAUCGCGCCUGAUCGUCUAUCGUGCCCGCGUACGUGCUGCACAGCAUGCGCAGAGUCCGCUGUCGCCACUGCGCGACGCCGUCGUACUCUCUGAUCGACAUCUCUGACCACGUCCUUGCGACAGCCACUCUCCGCCGACCGAACCACCACCCGCGGCCGACUAGCGAACGCGCCGCCCACACAUGCCCCCAUCCCCCGACUGGACCCGCCCCGGCCCCGGCCCCGGCCGCAACUCGUCCGGCUACGGCGGCAGCAGCGCAGGCCCGCCGUCCACCCCGCGCGUGUACAAAUCCAAGUUCGCGCAACGCCGCGCCGGCCGCCGCCUCAGCACCGCCGAGUCGCGCACGUCCUCGCCCACGCCCCAGCCCGGCGCGGACAGCCCCGUCGUGCAGCCGUCCGAGGAGAGCGAGAGCGAGGGCGCGGAGCCGGUGCGGGGGAGAGCGGGCGUGGCGAGGCUCAAGAGAACCGGGACCCCGCGGGGGAGGCCGAGCGCGAAGGCCGGCAGGCGCGAGACCGACGACGACCACAACGACGACGGCGACUACGACGACGACGGCGGCGGCGACGUGGGCUCGGCGGGGCGCGAAGAGGCGCGGGUCUGGCAGGAGACGUACCGCGACAUCACCGUCGCGAUCCCCACGCGCACGCCCUCGCCCGACGCCGCCCCCCGCCGCCGCGCCCGCUCGCAGAGCACGGCGCGCAGCAACGCCGCCGCGAGCCCGAAGCGCACCCGCAGCGUGAGCCGCGGCAGGCGCACCACCCCCGCCCGCGCCGCCAAGGCACCAGUCUCGCCGGAGGUGCCCGUGUUCGAGGAGACGCGGGGCCGGAAGCGCUCCCACUCGUCCGCCUCCACGCUGCGAGCGAGGGUCGGUGCGGACCCGGCCCCGGCGCGGCUCACGGCGGGCAUCCCCACGAAAGUAGGCCCCCCGCCGCGCCGCGCGCGCUCCGCCGUCCGCGCCGCCGACCUCCCCCUCCUCCCCGCCACUGCGCCCGCCGACAAAGGCAACGGCCGCGACCCGAGCGGGGCGGUGAAGAUCGGGCCCCCGCGCGCCCGCUCCCGCUCGAAGCCGCGCGCCGCGAGCACCGCGCGCCGCACGAGCACUCCCGCGCCCCCGCGCCCCGCGAAACGCGCCCAGUCCCUCGCGGAGCCCUCCGCGCACCCCGCGACGCGCACCGUCCUCCCGAGCACGCACGUCGCCGCACGCGCGUCCGCCCCGUCUGCCCCGGCGCCUGCGCCUACGUUCAUCCCGCCGCCGAGCGGCCCUGCGAAACGACCCCGCGGCCGCCCGCGCAAGAACACCCUCCCGGGUUCGGUGGCGCCGCUUCCCGCGCCCGCGCCUGCGCCUGCUCCGCAGACGGUACCAGCACCGAAGCCGAGAGGCCGCCCGCGCAUACACCCUCUGCCGAACCCUAGCACGCCGAACCCGCCCAAGAGGCCGAGGGGCCGCCCGCCCGGGAGCAAGAAUCGGCGUAAGAGCGAGGGGGACGUGCAGGUCACGGAGAGGGAGCGGGAGAAGGAGCGGGAGCGAGAGAGGGAGAAGGAGAGGGAGAAGGAGCGAGAGAAGGAGAAGGAGAAGGAGAGGGAAAGGGAAAGGGAGAGGGCGUCGAGCGGGUACGUGCGCUCGAUCGUCGACGCGCUGGAGGGCCGGAGCAGCCCGGUGACGAGGGCGGGCCCAUCCAAGGACGCGCCGUCUGUUCCGAAACGGAACAACGCGUACGUUCUUGUUCCCUCCGCGCCGUACGAUCUGCACUCGGGCAAGCGCGCGGGCGGUGCACGGGGGAAGCAGCGCGCGCGCGGCGCGGAGGACGACGACGGGGAGGUGCGGGAGAUACCGGUCGCGGACUACGAGGACGAGGGGCAGACGCGGUCGGGCUGGUCGAGCGAGACGGUGAUGGUCGAGCGCAACGGGUGGAUGGCCCUUCAGGACGAACUGGGUGGGUUGGACCCGGACGAGCGCGAUGAGGAGUCGCGGGUGGAGGAGGAGCUCGUGCUUCCGCCGUCGACACCCGGUACGAGCCGCGCGCAGGCCAGGAAGGAUAAAGGCGCGAAGGCGGGUAGGGCGGCGCCCAGUGCGAGAGGUAAGGAGAAACCGCGCGAGGACGGCCCGCCCCCUGCGAAGAAGCAGCGCAUUUCGCGCGGACAGGGCACCGCAGAGGGUCCGAGCACCGGCGCCGCGCAACAACCGCAACCGCAAGCCCCCGCGUACCCGGCGUCGCUGUCUGCGCCUACCACCGCCCUCGCGCAGGCGAUCAACAGCGCGGGUGUGAGCAACCCCCCGCCGUGGUACUACGGCGCGCACGCGCAAGGCGGCGGCUACUACAACUUCCGCGUGUCCCUCAACCCCGAGAGCCCGCCCCGCCCACAGGCGGCCGCCGUACGCCCGCCCGUCUCCGCCCCCGCUGCACCGCACCUCGCGGCCGGAGCGGCGUUGCCUCUUCCGAGGAUGGCGGGACCGGCGGGGCUGGUGCCCGAGUACCAGACGUCCGAGGCGCUCUUUGAGGGGCUGAUGGCGCAUAUCGGGCGGUGGAAGGCGCAGAAGACGCCGUUCCGGUUCCAGGGGACAUGGAAGGUGACGAAGGAGGAGGGGAGGGAUCUGGACGAGGCGCUCGUGCGCGAGGCCGCGAACGAGCUCGUCUCGUACAUCGACAUGCCGUUCAGCACGAACCGCAUGCACACGACGGUGGUGUUGCGCGGGGACACCGCGCAGAUCCACCUGCUGUGCGAGUGUGCGGAGGAUUGGGGGAUGGCGCGGGCGUGUGGAGGGCGCAUGAGCAUUAGCUUCAUGGAGGUGGCAGCGAACGGCACGCCGAGCGGGCAGCCGAACAGGCUGCAGGUUAUGCUGGAGAUGACGCAUUGAGCGGUGGUGGGGUGUCCGAUGUAAGCAUGCAUGUCUUGUGUGUUCUGUAGUGAGUAGUGUACUUGUAUCGUGUCUUGUCUGUGCUUGGGUUGUGUCGUGUCCGUCUCACUCGAAUCUUUGUAUGAAUGCCUCUGAUUACAGCCGAAUUGUAUAUGCACUCCAUGCCACGAGUAUAUACGGAACAGUGGAGUUGGCAUUGAAUCUGUCACAACUCCUCUCUUGUAAGAGUACGGAAAUGAUAUCUGUCGUGCACAUCCUCAA